CUUAAUGAUCUGAUCGGGGCGAGAUUUUGCGUGUAUAAAUAGAAUAACCAUUUAAAGCUAUGACGAGCGAUCGAAUGCUAAUAAUAAAAUAUAAAAAAUGAGAAAUGUAAUGACGUGAGGUCAUGAACUUUUGAGAGAUCUUUCAAUCACGCCAAUUCCACAGUGAACAAAGUUCAAUUUAAUUUUCUUAUGCCCAUUCCACUAAAAAUUACAUGCUUUUUCUAUUCGCUCUUAAUCUCGAUCGAGAGUAAUUUCAGGCACGCAGUUUUAUUAAUGAAACUUAUUAGGAUUAAUGCAGUACGUAUAAUUAAGUUCUAGACAAGCUGCCAUCAAUCACCAAUCCAAUUUUGACGAGAUAAUGGAAAAGCUUUCCAUAUUUUUCGAAACAGAUAACUCCGUGAAAGCCAGAAACACAGCCUCGGAUAUGACUAUCGAUGGCAUUGUGGAAAAUGAAACACCGAAGUACAGUUCAUUGGAUAGCAAUGAUAGUCUUCGUUUUAUUGGGGAAGGCGUCACAGUGUGAUGGGACUCAUCAGAUGAAAGAAGAUACCAUUAACACAUUAACAUUCUAUGACACAUAUGUAACCCAAAAAAAUUAUCCCCAGCAAGAAGGAAAUGUGCAAAUCAAGAAAGCUGUAGUAGACGAAGUUGAACAUUCUAAAAAAAAAAUAUCAGUGGAGGAACGAUCGAAUGGCUUUCCGGGUUCAAUUCACGAUGUCUUUGUACCUGUGAAUUUAAUAUUAGAUUUUUCGUUUAAAUCUUCAAACUCCUGUCAGAUAAGCCAUAUAAUGCUUUAUUUAUCACAAGAAAAAAAAAUAACGAUUUUUGCAGAACAGACUGUUUUCAAUUGGGCAAUUUCCGAUGCGCAAGAUCUGAAUGGAAUUAUGAAUAAGAUUAAGGAUUUUGAAAACUUAGAGCUAAGAGGAAUACAACAUUGGCUGACAGUUACUUUUUUCCUAAAUAAAAGCGGAACUGAAAUGCGUGAUAUAACAAAUCAGCAACACGCCAUUUUCAGAUAUUAUUUGACGAUUAACAAUACAAGAAUGAUAACAAAGAUACCGCAUCGACAUAAAACAUUUUGGAGUAGUGAGAAACCCAGGAAUGUCUCUCUAAAAAUUCGUUCUUUAUUAUCCAAAGGUUCUGGAGAAUUCAAUCUCCGCAAUAUUGGGAAAUAUAUUAAUGAGAUGGUUAAGCCAAGUUUUUGUUCGUCCAAAAUUCCAUUUCGUUUAUUAUUAUCCAAACAUUCUGGAGAAUUCAAUAUUCGUAACAUUGUAGAAGAUAUUAAUGAGAUGGUUAAGCCCAGUUUUUGUUCUUCCAAAAUUCCAUUUUUUUACAGCUUGGUUAUCAGUGGAAAGUUGAAGAGUAAUUCACUUUUUGUUAUUUUUAUAAGCUUCAAUUAUACUCUAUCAUGCUGCUCCCUUUUACUCAUCUUCCUCACUGCAAAAUUUUCACAACAAUGGCGUCAGAGAAGGAGCAAUAUUAUAUUGAUAAAUUUCACUAUGUCCAUAUUCUCUCAGAUCAUUUUACACUUCGUUUCAGAUUUUUCGGGAAUUGAUGAGGGGUUAUGCUCGACAAUUACCAUAUUGUGCCAUUAUUUCACUUUAGUCCAAUUUUUCUGGACUUCUGUAAUAGCCUAUAUGCAAUAUAGGAGGUACGUCCAGGUUUUCAAUGAGAAAAAUGGCUAUUUUUUGACUAAGCUUAUUAUUUUCGCAUGGUUCAUGCCCAUUAUAAUUAUAUUCGCAUCACUCGUUCUUGUUUUUUCAAUCCAUAAAAAUGCUACAAUCUGCAUUGAUAAAUUCAAGAUGUGUUCCCUCAUUAACACUUAUUUAUUGAAAUAUAGCGUUUCUCUGCCACUGAUGUUCACUCUCCUGAUCAAUUUCAUAUUUUUCAUCCUGAUUUUUCAACAUUUGCUGCGAAAAAAAACAGAAAUUUAUCAAAGAAGUGCACUUCUUGAAGUAAAAUUAGCCUUCGUGUUAUUUUUUUUACUCGAUCUUAAUCUGAUAGUUGCAAUUAUAGCCGACAUGUUCAAUGUUGAUAUUCUUGCCCUGAUUUUUGUGACGAGCCAUUCUUUGCAAGGUGUUCUACUAUUUGUUGUAUUUGUUGUCAGAAAUAAAUGUAGCAGAAAAAUGUAUAUUAGAUGGCUGAAAAUGAUGAAAAACAGGAUUUCACUACCGAUUUGAUGUGAACCGAAAAUUUUUUUUUUUGUCAAAUGAAUCACUUUUUGCAGUAUCUUACUGGACAAACUACAAUGACUAUGAAAAUCGAUAAUUAUAAGCAAAUCCAUUGUACAUAUAUUAAUAAAAGGUUGCUGAACGUU